CUCAGAGAGAGUAUGUCAGUCCUCACAGGAGGCCUUCUGGUCUUGCUGAUAAAGAAGUGAUGGCCGCCACCGUCCUGACCAUACUGUCCACCAGCCCGUUGGUGCUCAACCCUUCCUCCAGCGCCUCAGGUGCAGAUUUGGCUGGUAAGGGCUGGAAGGAGAGCCUGUCUGCCAGCUACAGCAGCUCUACCAGUGGGAACUGGAGCUGGGAUGCCAGCGACCAAUCGGUGCCAUCUACGCCAUCACCGCCCCUCUCCAACGAUGCCGGCAAGAGCUUCCUGCUUUCCUCCCAGAGUGAUGACAACAUUGAGGAAACCGAGAGUACACACUUCCUGUUUGAAGACCCCAUCCCCCGAAAAAGAAAGAACUCCAUGAAGGUGAUGUUUAAGUGUCUGUGGAAGAACUGUGAAAAAGUCCUCAGCACUUCCUCAGGGAUCCAGCGCCACAUCCGCACCUUCCACCUGGGGCGAAAUGGAGAUUCUGACUACAGCGAUGGCGAGGAGGAUUUCUACUACUCUGAAAUCGAGGUGAACAUGGACACGCUUUCGGAGGGGCUGUCCAACCUCACGCCCACGUCACCUACUACGUCCGGCCCGGCCCCCAUCUUCCCCGUCUUGACUUGUGAUGCGUCUCGAUCUGAGCCCACCCACAUGAUCCUCACCCCACUCAGCCAAUCAGCACCGUCGACGCUGUGCCAUAUCCGCACUGACCACGCUUACCAGGGCCCGAUGACUCAAAUCCGCACUGUUAGCAUCGGUGAGAAGAGACAGCCUGUUAACCACACCACUGUCAGCAAAACACACACCACCAACACCUCCACUUCCAAACCCACUACUGGAACCAGGAAACCGCGUGGCGACGCCAAGAAAUGCCGAAAGGUGUACGGCAUGGAGAAGAGGGACCUGUGGUGCACAGCGUGCCGCUGGAAGAAGGCCUGCCAGCGCUUCACUGACUGAGCUUUAUCCUUUACCCCACUUCAAAACGUGCUCGUUUAUUGCGGCUGUUCCACGGACUGAGCGCCGGUGUCUCCUGCACACUCUCAGAGUGAACUUCAUGAGCUGAGAUGUGUCCGUCUGAGGCAUGUAGCUGAUUCCUCCAGGCCACAAGGGGUGCUCUUUUCUUACCACUUCCAUAGUGGAACACUGAGACUUUUAUUCAGAAAAAAAACCCUGAUAAAAAGCAAAAAAAAAGAGAAAAAGAAUUUAGAAAAAAAGCUUUUGCUGCAUUGCAUAUUAAGGCAAAAAGAAGUUUUUCUUAAGUAAUCCAGAAACAAAACAUUCAAAGCAGAUUUUCCAGGCAGUUUAUUAUACUUUCAUGUUUUGUGUGCGUUCUGUGGAAUACAGCUAACGAUUUUUCCUGAUUUUAAGUGUGGCAGACUUUAUACAUAGCAGUUUUUACUGUUAAAAACUCUGUAAGCUAUUUUUGAUGGGUAUUGUUGAGUAUUUUAAACAGUUAACCCUCUUCCCGCACUUACUGAGCAACUCAAAUUAAUUUAUACAGAAAUCAUUGAAGCUUCAAACAACUUGGUUUUGUUCCAAAUCAAACUGUUUCUGGACUUACCGCUUCAUUUUGCCUACAAGCACUUUUUAAUGGCCAUUUUGAUUUUGAUCAAGCGGAGUACAGUUUAGCAUUGCAUCGCAAUCGGCGCGUUGAGCGUUUUAGCAAAUAGUCAAGAACUGUUUC